AUGUCGUAUGUUGUCAACUUUGAUGCUGAGUUGGAACAAAUGGAUGUGAAAACGGCGUUUCUUCACGUGAACUUAGAUGAGACUAUCUAUAUGGAACAACCAGAGAGUUUCAUCAAGAAAGGAGAUGAAGGCAAGUGGCUUACAGAGGCGAAGCUUAUGGAUGAUGUUUUGUAUGCGAAUGCGGUUGGAAGCUUGAUGUACGCGAUGGUAAGAUCAAUACCAGAGUUGGCCUUUGUAGUUGGUUUGGUGAGCAGAUUUAAAUCAAAGCCAAGUCGUGAGCACUGGGGAGCAGUUAUGUGGCUAUUGAGAUAUCUACAUGGAGCUACAGAGGUCUGUUUAAACUUCUCAAAAUCAGGACAUUUUGAGAUCGAAGGUUUCAGUGAUUUAGACUACUCAACUGAUCUCGAUAAACGAAUAUCAGUAACUGGAUAUGUUUUUCAAGUGGGUGGUAACACCGUUAGCUGGAGAUCAUCACUGCAGCAUGUUGUUGCGUUAUCAACAACAGAGGCUGAGUACAUUGCUUUGUCAGAGGCUACAAAGGAAGGGUUAUGGUUGAGAGAGUUUUAA